AUGAAUGUGAUUUCAAUGCACUUUCUUCCUGGAGAGGAACCCGUAAACACUAAGUCGAUAGCUGACGGAAUCUUGACUCUUACAAACUAUCGACUUAUAUUUUCAACGAAAAGACCACAAAGCUCAUGGAGUAUACCCACUACUUUAGUAUGGAAAGCUGAAGCAUUUGAAAUGAUUCACAUCAAAAUCAUAACCAAAAUUGGUAUAUCUGUUACCUGGUCGUUUGUCGAUGAAAUUGCUUGUGAUGCUGGAUAUGCUCAUAUUACGUCAUUAAUAGAUAUACCAAAAGAUAUAGACUCUCUGUUUGCUUGUAAAUUCCGUUCAUCUUUAGAAGCGAACAUUCCAAACCAUCCUUUUCUCUUAAGUGCUUGUGAAUUGUUGCAGAUUAAUGAUGUGGACAGAACUUUGGAUACAGCGUUAGUAUGUUUUGAAUUUCGUCGCAUGAACUUUGAUAAAACAUGGAAGAUAACAGAUAUUAACAACGAAUUCAAAAUUUGCUCCACAUACCCGAGACAUCAUAUUGUACCUCGAUCUAUUAGUGAUAAUGAUAUAAUUAAUAUGGCUAGUUUCCGAAGUCACAAUCGAUUUUUAACAGUUGUCUGGCGUUCUCAGGUAACUGGAGCUGUCUUACUUCGUUGCGCUCAACCUUGUGUAGGAUUAAUGUGUUCCAGAAAUGAGUAUGACGAGAAAUUCCUACGAACUGUUCUUGCUUGUUGUCCAAAGAAACCUGUUUCAGAUCCUAACAAAGAUACUCAUCGUUUGAUGAUUGUGGAUGCUAGAAGUCGUAGCAGUGCACAAUUCAAUCGAAUACGUGGUGGUGGUUUUGAAUAUCCAGAAUACUAUGAUCAAGCAGAAGUUGUUUUUAUGGAUUUACCUAAUCUACAUACUGUUCGUUCAAAUUUUGAAUCCCUAACUAAUCUGUUCGCUGGCAAAUGUCCUAAUUGGUUUUCUUCAUUAGAAAAAUCAUCAUGGUUAAAUAAUAUUGGCCAGCUAUUAAAAACUGCCACAGAAAUUGCUAUCGCAUUAGAAGAAAAUGCUCGUCCGGUUAUGGUUCAUUGCACAGAUGGUUGGGAUCGAACACCUCAAAUAAGUUCCUUAGCCCAAUUGUUAGCAGAUCCAUUUUAUCGAACAAUUCAGGGUUUCAAUAUUCUUGUUGAACGUGAAUGGCUACAAUUCGGUCACAAGUUUUCUGAUCGAAGUGGACAUGCUUCACCCUCAUUAAACAUAAAUGAGCAAAGUCCAAUAUUUUUACAAUGGCUUGAUUGCGUCCAUCAAAUUCGCAACCAGUUUCCUCAUUGUUUUGAAUUUAAUGAAUCAUUUCUGCUAAAACUUGGCUUACAUAUCUGUUCAAACUUAUUUGGUACAUUUCUUUGUAAUUCUGAAAAAGAACGUCAAAAAGCUUCAGUCGCCAGCCGAACUUGCUCAUUGUGGGGGUUAUUAUCCUCAAAAUACAAUUGGACAAUCGUAAAUUACUUUUAUGAGCCAGAAGCGGAGCAUCUUCUUCAACCGGAUUGCCAAGUUCGUUCAUUAAGUCUUGGAGUGCUUUUUAUGGUAUUGCUUUGUCUACAAGUAAAGUAA